AAUGUAAAUAAUUAGCUGAUUUUAGUACGUUUUAUUGGCCCUUUCAAGGUACAUAGGCAACAUUCUUGUGCAAUAAUGACUGCGAUAAAGCAAUACGCACGUUAGUUCGCGUUUUAUUUGUUGUUUACGCACCAGCAGGUCGCCUAUUUUUAGGCACUCUGUUUACAAGUAAGGCUUCAGGUAUUUUGUUGAUAUAUGCAUGUCAAAUUUUUGCGCAGGACAAUCAUUUACCAGGACAAAACAUCAGGGAAUGCUGGCCAUAACAAGCAACAAGUAUGGCAGGACAGCACGGUGGAGUCAUCUUAGGACGCCUUCCUGAGGGGCCUAACAACGGGUCCUGCAGUUCAAGCUGGAAAGUGAAGAUACAGAAAGCAUCAAGAAAACUUCCCCAAAACAUCAUAAAACCGCCAGCAGUCACUGAUGGUCACGAUACAACUCAUGAAACCGAAUUAUCCAGGUUCGGCCCAAAACCUGUACUUGACACUGCCGCACCAUGUUGGGCGAAGUCAAAGCACCGAGGCAGGGAGACGCUGGACAAAGUGCUCCGCCCUCCCCCCCCAGCCAUACAUUGCGGGAGAAAUUUAAUUGAAUUAUAUCUGAUGUCACGCCACGUAAGCUACUGAAUGGAGAUGGUGACACAAAGUGAACCGCACUUGAGAUAUAUCACUCACCCUUGCCUGUUUCGAUACCCAGGUGGCCUGGCCCCGAAGAUAUGCCUGAUUGCGAUGAUGCCGGUUGAUGAGCCAUACCAUGACC